AUGCUACCCAGGGUGGAGUUCCCCUUCUCCCAGCACACUGAUGGCGCCAGCGUCCAGAGGGCCAUCCAGCAGCUGAGCUACAAGGGCGGCAACACGCGGACUGGUGCUGGUUUCCGCUUUGUUGCUGACAACUUCUUUGGCCCCACGCAGCUCCGGCCUGGGGUCCCUCAGAUCUGCAUCCUCAUCACUGAUGGCAAGUCCCAGGAUGAUGCUGAGGGGGCAGCAGCAAAGCUGAAGAGACAGGGCAUCAAGGUCUUUGCUGUGGGGAUCAAGAAUGCCGACCAUAAGGAGCUGAUGCGUGUGGCCUCUUUGCCUACUGAUGCCUUCUUCUUCUACGUUGGUGACUUCAAGCUGCUGGGGACACUGGUGCCACUGAUGACACGCAGGGUGUGCACAAGCAUUGGAGGCACUCUGCACCACCUGGAUGGGCCAAGCCACACCGGCCCCUCCAACCUGGAGAUCCUGGAGCAGGGCCUUGACCAGCUGUUGAUCCGCUGGACAGCAGCCAGUGGCCCUGUCACUGGUUACCGGGUGCAGUACGUGCCGCUGACGGGGCUGGGGCAGCCAAUUGUGGCAGAGAGACAGGAGGUGAGCCUAGGACCACGGGAAAUGAGCACUACGCUGCGGGGGCUGCGCGCAGGGACGGAGUACCUGGUCACCGUCACUGCCCAGUAUGCCAACAGCAUUGGCGAGUCAGUGUCCAGCCGAGCACGCACCCAGAGCCGUGCCAGCUCUGUAACGAAUUUCCAUGUGGUAGAGACUGGACCGACCUUCCUGCGGCUAGCCUGGCAGCCCAGCCCUGAGCCCCUACAGGGCUACAGCCUCACCUAUUCUGUGCAAGGAGCAACCCAGGGGGAGGAGAAGAGACUGGGGCCCAGUGCACAGUCAGUCAUGCUGAGCAACCUGCGGCCCGAUACCGAGUACGUGGUGACACUCCAGCCCCACCGCUUGCAGCAGCCAACUGCCCCUGCUACUCUCACCACCCGGACACAAGGGAUGCAGUAUGAUGUGAUCUCCCAGCUCUUACAUAGCCCUUAUGGAAGUGUAUUCACUGAAGCUUUCCCCAGGGCGCCUGAUGGGUGUGCAGCACUUGGCUGUCCACAACGUCUCGGCACACAGCAUGCUGCUGGCCUGGCAGCCUGUCAGUGGUGCCACUGGCUACCGGCUCUCCUGGGCGACCCUCACAGGCACAGGGUGGACCUGGAUGCUGGGAAGACAUCACAUCCAGUGGGGGGGCUGCAGCCCAACACCAACUACGUGGUGACGGUGGCUCCGCUUUUUGGACAGCUGGAGGGGCCCACGGCCACAGUGCGGCAGAGGACAGAGGAAGGUGUGGAGCAGAUGCUGCAGACCAACAUCCUGGGCCCCACAUCCAUCCAAGUGAUCUGGACUGGCGCCCGUGAUGCCCGUGGCUACCGUCUGGAGUGGAAGAGAGCCACAGGACUGGAGCCCCCCAGGACAGUGUCACUCCCCAGCAAUGCCAACGCCUACCAGCUGACAGGGCUGCAGCCAGGCACUGAGUACCGCAUCACCCUUUACACACUCUAUGAUGGCAGAGAGGUGGCCACCCCUGUUACUACCUUCCAGACAGGUGUGGAGGUGCCCCUGGGCACUGUGUCGAACCUGCGGCUCACUGAGGAGUCAGGCAGGCGGGUGCGGCUGGGCUGGACUGGUGUCCCUGGUGCCACUGAGUACAAAGUGGUGGUGCGCAACAACCAGGAUGGCACAGAGAGGACAAGGCGUGUUCCGAGCAGCCAGACUGGGCUGGAGCUGAGUGACCUCCGUGAGGGCAUCACCUACCUGGUGCGUGUCUCCGCGCUGGCAGGCGGCCGGGAGGGCAGCGCCACCACGCUCACCGUCCGCCUCAAGUAUCCGGCAGUGGGCAAUGUCUCGGAGCUGCGGGUGACGGAGGCCGGUCCCAGCCAGCUGCGAGUCACCUGGCAAGGGCUGCCAGGUGCCGGGGGGUACCUGCUGACAUGGCGAGGCAGCGAUGGCCUGGAGCAAUCCCGCUUCCUCCCUGCUGACCCCACUGCUUUCACUAUCGAGGGGCUGCGCGCAGGCACCAUUUACACUGUUGGUGUCUCGGCCAUUGUGGAUGGCCGCGAGGGCAGGCCCAUCACCGCCACAGGGCGGACAGCACCUGAGCAGGUGGGGACGGUGUCCCAGCUGGAGGUGCAGGAGUCCAGAAGCAACAUUGCCCGUGUCACCUGGGUUGGUGUGCCAGGAGCAACUGCCUACCGCGUGGUCUGGAGCCGCACAGAUGGGGGCUCGGAAAGCAGCCGGCGGGUUCCUGGCCACACUAGCUCCUUUGACAUCCCUGACCUGGAGGGCGGUGUCUCCUACACCGUGAAGGUGACAGCUCUCAUUGGCAACCGGGAGGGCAACCCUGUUUCCAUCAUCGUCACUACCCCGGAGGCAGCACCACCACCCCCUGUUAGAAGCUUCCGUGUGACAGAGGCCUCUGAGCGCCGCCUGCUCCUGGCCUGGGUGCCUGCAGCUGGCAGUGCUGGGUAUCGUCUGGUUUGGCGCCUGGCUGAGGGAGGGCCCCAGCACAGCCAGCAGCUCCCAGGCACUGCCAGCUCCUAUGACCUGGCAGGGCUAGAGCCAGGCCGGCGCUACCACAUCAGCAUCACCAGCUUGGCUGGCAGCCGGGAGAGUGAGCCAGCCACUGUCACUGCUGUCACUGCAGCUGCCCCAGUCCGUGUCACCAACCUGCGUGUGACAGAGGUGCGGAGAGACUCAGUGAUGCUCACCUGGACCUCUGUCCCUGGUGCCUCCAGCUACAUUCUCUCAUGGAGCCCCCCUGCAGCUGGUGGGGAGACAAGGAGGACGGUGCCUGGUACUGCCAGCUCCCAGCAGGUCUCUGGGCUGCGCCUGGGCCAGAGCUACACCUUCACCCUCCGCCCGCUCCUGGGGAGUGUGCCAGGCGCUGAGACCUCGGUCAGUGAGCGCACAGUCUGCAGGGAUGCCCGUGGUGACAUCGUCUUCCUGGUGCACGGCACCCGUGACAGUUCCUCUGGUGCUGAUGCCAUCCGCGCCCUCCUUUCCAACACCGUGUCCUCCCUGGGGCGCCUGGGCCCGGAAGGCACACAGGUGGCUCUGGCCACAUACAGCUACCGCAGCCUGCCCUGGCUGCUCCUCAACCGCUCCAGCGACCUGCCUGCCGUGCUGGAGCAGAUCCGCACCAUGCGCUAUGAGGAGCCCAGCGGCAACGCCAUUGGGGCAGCCAUAACCUUUGCCAGGACUUAUCUGCUGAGCCCCAAUGCAGGGCGCCGGCCCAGUGUGCCAGCGGUGCUGGUGGUCCUGGUCGAUGGCCCUUCCGGGGAUGAUGCCAUUGCUGCAGCCAGAGAUGUUAAAGCUGGGGGGGUCCAGGUGCUAGCAGUGGGUUUGGAGGGGGCAGACCAGGAGCAGCUCCGGCGCAUGGUCACUGGCGAGGACCCACGGUACAUCUACCAUGGUGGCAGCACCUUAGCAGAGCUGGAGGGAGAGCUCACUGAUGACCUCUGCACCAUCAUCUCCACCAGGCCGGAGCCGGAGCCAAAGCCCUGCACCGUGCAAUGCCCCAGGGGUGAGAAGGGAGAACGUGGUGAGGCAGGACCACAAGGACGACCAGGGCCACCAGGCCUCCCUGGCGAGCCGGGCCGUCAUGGGCCGCCUGGCCCUCCCGGACCCCCGGGGCCACGGACUGUGCCAGGGGAGACCAUCGAGCGGCCAGGCAAGAAGGGGGACAGGGGGCCGCGGGGGCCGACAGGGCUUUCUGGCCCGAAGGGGGAGAAAGGAGAGCCGGGAGAGCCCAGCGUGAUCACGGAUGGAAGACAGGGGCUGCCAGGCCGGAAAGGGGAACCAGGAGCAGCGGGCAGCCCUGGCCCUCCCGGAAGCCCUGGCCCAAGGGGACCAUUUGGUGAUCCAGGUCCUCCUGGUCCACUUGGACCCUCGGGGCCACCAGGACCUCCAGGAGAGUCUGUGAAGGGAGAGAAAGGUGAUCGAGGGGAAAGGGGGCCCCCUGGACUGGUGGACGGGGCAGCACCUCGAGGGGAGCCUGGCCCCCCGGGCCUGCCUGGGGACCCUGGGCCUCGAGGACCUGCUGGGUCCCCUGGCCUCAAAGGAGAGAAGGGGGAUGGAACAGAAGGUUUCCCAGGGCCACCUGGACGCCCUGGGGACCCAGGAGACCGGGGCCCACGGGGACCACCAGGGGAGCAGGGCAGGAAGGGAGACCGUGGGGCACCAGGUGACCUGGGAGAUGCGGGUGAGAAGGGGGACCGUGGUAUGCCAGGCCCUGAGGGAGAGAAGGGUGACAGAGGCUUUCCAGGACCAGAAGGACCUCCUGGCCCCAAGGGUGAUAUGGGAGAUAAAGGUGCCCGCGGUGCCCCUGGUCUGAGCAUCCCAGGACCAGCUGGCCCCAAAGGCGAGCAGGGUGAUCGGGGUAUCGUUGGCCUCACGGGCAGGAGUGGCCCAAAGGGUGACCCAGGGGAGCCAGGAGAGAAGGGCGAGCCGGGCCGAGCAGGCAUCCCAGGACAGACUGGACUGCGUGGCAAGGAGGGGGAGCGUGGAGAGAAGGGUGAUGAAGGCACCCCGGGUGAAGCAGGUCUGCCUGGCAAACCCGGAGACAGGGGCCCACGGGGCCUCCCUGGCUACCGUGGUCCCCCUGGGGAGAAAGGUGACCCCGGGGAGCCAGGUCUCGAAGGCAGGAAUGGGUACCUCUACCCCGUGAGACCCACCAGCCCGGCAGCCCUGGAGCACCAGGGAGCAAGGGUGACCGUGGGGAGCCGGGGCUUCCUGGACCCCCAGGACGAAGUUGAGAUGGGGCUCGGAGGAGCAGGGGAGAAGGGUGAGAAGGGGGACCCUGGGGACCCUGGUGAGGAUGGUGCGAAGGGUGCCCGGGGUGAUGCUGGCUCCCCUGGUGUGCCUGGAGAGAGGGGCGUGGAGGGCCCCCGUGGCCCCCCUGGUGCACGGGGUGACCCUGGUGACCGAGGACUGCCAGGAGAAAAGGGGGACCGUGGCCCCCCAGGGCUGGAUGGCCGCAAUGGGCUGGAAGGCAAACCUGGGCACCCAGGCCCCACUGGGCUGCGGGGGGACCCGGGGAAGCAAGGGGACCCUGGCCGGGAUGGACUGCCUGGGCUGCGUGGGGAGCAAGGACUGCCUGGCCCCAUUGGCCCUGUGGGACCACCUGGCAUCCCGGGCAAACCAGGUGAUGACGGCAAACCCGGCCUCAACGGCAAGAACGGAGAAGAUGGCACACCAGGAGAGGAUGGGAGAAAGGGUGACAAAGGUGACACAGGACCCCCUGGCAGAGAGGGCCACAGCGGUGCCAAGGGCGAGCAGGGGGACAGAGGAGUGCCAGGGCCCCUCGGCCCCCCCGGCCUCCCUGGUGUCCCAGGGCAGGUCGGUCCCCCAGGCCAGGGCUCGCCAGGCCUCCGUGGGGUGCCUGGACCAAAGGGGGACCCAGGGGAGCCUGGACUGCAAGGGGAGCCGGGGCGACCUGGCAACCCUGGAGCACGUGGAGACCCUGGGACUGCAGUGAACAUUGAACGUAGCCUGGAAGCACUUGGCAUCAAGGUCUCAUCCCUGAAGGAGCUCACGGGUGCAUAUGACGGGAGCUCAGACUCCUUUGUGCCACUGUCUGAACGGCUGCGGGGCCAGAAGGGCAGCCGGGGAGAGCCAGGGGAGAGGGGUCCCCCAGGUCGAGAGGGCUCCUUAGGCUUUCCUGGUGAGCGAGGACCCAAAGGUGACAAAGGAGAAGUGGGUGCCCCUGGCCCCCAGGGCCCUAUGGGCCGCGUCGUGGGUGAGCGGGGUCCUGAGGGGCCACCUGGGCAGCCAGGGGAGCCUGGUAAACCCGGCAUCCCUGGCGUGCCAGGCCGUGCUGGGGAGCUUGGGGAGGCUGGCAGGCCUGGUGAUAAGGGUGACCGGGGCGAGAAGGGUGACCGGGGCGAGCAGGGCAGAGAUGGAUUGCCUGGCCCCCCAGGGCCCCCUGGGCCCAAGGCAGACGUGGUGGAGGGCAGCCUGAUGGGCUUCCCAGGCGAGCGUGGCCCUGCCGGACCCAAGGGAGUGAAGGGUGAGCCAGGAGCCGAUGGCGAGAGGGGACCCAAAGGAGAUAAGGGCGAUGGUGGCUCACGGGGAGAGCGAGGGGAGCCUGGUGAGAAGGGCAGGGAUGGUGCCCCCGGCCUCCCGGGUGAGAGAGGGCUGGCUGGCCCCGAGGGAAAGCCGGGCUUGCCAGGCUUCCCCGGCGUGCUGGGACGUCCGGGCAACCAGGGAGACCCAGGACCCCCAGGACCUCCAGGCAGCACUGGCCCACCAGGCACUCAAGGGCCAGCUGGGACCAAGGGUGAGCCAGGGGAGCCUGGCUCUGGCAUCCGGGGUUUGCCUGGUCCCCAGGGUAGCAUGGGGCUGCCUGGCCCCACCGGCCCCCCUGGUCCAGGGCUGCCACUUGAUUUCUACCCAUGCCUCUCCUGCAGGGUCCACCAGGUGUCCCAGGACUGCCAGGACAAGUGGGUAUGCCAGGACCUUCAGGCCCUGCAGGUCCCAAGGGAGAGCCAGGGGAUGUUGGAGCCCCGGGACAGGCCAUUGCUGGCCCUCCCGGUGCCAAAGGGUGAACCGGCACUGCUGAAGGAUCUGCUGCUGGGAGAACCUGGCUCCAAGGGUGACAGAGGCUUACCUGGCCCCAAGGGUGAGAAGGGUGACAUUGGCUUGCCAGGACCGCCAGGACCUCCAGGUUUAGCAGGCAUUGCUGGGACACCAGGACAGCCAGGCCUGAGAGGGGAUAAUGGGCAGCCUGGCCCACCAGGUGCCCCCGGAGAGAGGGGCAUACAAGGGGCCUCUGGCCUGAAGGGUGACAAGGGCGAAGAUGGACGCCCAGGACCAGAAGGCGAUCGAGGGCCAGCUGGCUUGCCUGGGAACCGGGGGGAGCGUGGGGACAAGGGAGAUGUUGGGGCUCCAGGGCCCAAAGGAGACAAGGGUGAUACUGUGGUGGUGGAGGGGCCUGCUGGAGCUCGAGGCAGCAAGGGAGAGCCGGGUGAGCGUGGCCUGAAGGGCAUGGAAGGGGACAAGGGCGACAAGGGGGAGCAAGGCAUGCCUGGAGAGAAGGGGAUGAGGGGCGAGCAAGGUGAGAAGGGCUCCACGGGCUUCCCUGGGGCACGUGGCCCUGGUGGGCAGAAGGGAGAGGUCGGAGUGUCAGGAGAGCCUGGUGAGCCGGGACAGCCUGGCCGCGAUGGCAUCCCUGGAGCCCGGGGAGAGAAAGGGGACAUAGGACCUCUGGGCAUGCGUGGCCCCAAGGGUGACCGGGGCAUGAAAGGAGCCUGUGGCCUCGAUGGGGACAAGGGUGAGAAGGGAGAGCCAGGGAUCCCGGGGCGCUCAGGGCUGCCGGGGAGGAAAGGCGAGCCGGGAGAGCUGGGGCUGUCGGGACCACCAGGCAUCCCUGGGAAGGAGGGGCUCAUGGGGCCCAAGGGUGACCGAGGAUUCGAUGGGCAGCAGGGAGCCAAAGGAGACCAGGGGGAGAAAGGAGACCGGGGUGCCCCAGGAAUUAUAGGUGGCCCUGGUCCUCGGGGCAUUGAUGGUGCUCCUGGUCCCCCUGGACCUCCAGGGAAUGUUGGCCCACGAGGUCCCGAGGGCAUGCAGGGCCAGAAGGGGGAGAGAGGCCCCCCUGGACAGUCAGUGCCAGGGGCCCGUGGUGUGCCUGGCAUUCCUGGUGAGAGAGGAGAGCAGGGCAGUCCUGGCACCCAGGGAUUCCGUGGGGAGAAAGGGGAGCCAGGCAUGAGGGAGGAGGAGAUCCGUGCCUUUGUCAGGCAGGAGAUGAGCCAGCACUGUGCCUGCGGGGGGCACUUCCCACGGCGUCUGGAUUCACGUGAGCACUCAGGAGGCUGGGGGGCUCAGGCCAGAAGCAGCCACCCCUCUACCCAGGGAGGAGGAAGAAUUGUCCGCCAGGAGAGGGAGCAUGGCCAGACAGGGCUCUUCCCCACUGCCAGCACAGUCCCUGUGCUCAAGUUGUCACAUGCUGAGGAAGAGGAAGGGCAGGACAGGCAGAUCCUGCUUGACACCGAUGACCUUGAGUACGACAGUGAGUAUGAGGAGGAGGAGGACUAUGAUGAGGUUCUGGACGUGGAGCACUUGGAGCAUCCUGCAGUGGGUGCCGAGCCCUGCAGCCUGCCGCUGGAGGAGGGGGACUGCCAGCGCUACACGCUGCGGUGGUACUACAACCAAAGAGCCUCCGAGUGCCGGCCCUUCGUCUACAGCGGCUGCCAGGGCAACCCCAACCGCUUCGACAGCAAGGAGGAGUGCGAGCUGCACUGUGGGCAGCGCCCAGGGGCAGGUGGGCAUGGCUGCUGGCACUGGCAGGCCUGGCAGCAUUUCCAGCCAGCGACGCAGGCUUGGCCAGUGCAAAGCCAGGGGGACAACGCCGGUCCUCUGCUCUGA